AUGGAAACAAAUGGAACAUUUCACAAAGAAUUUUACAUCCUGGCAUUUUCUAAAUAUGUAAGAUCACAGUUUGUGAUUUUCUUUUUGGUGUUAUUUAUGUACCUGUUUUGUGUGUUUGGAAACCUGCUUGUUGUUACUCUCAUCUACACGGCGUCCCAGCUGCACACGCCGAUGUACAUCUUUCUUGGUAACCUCUCAGUCCAGGACAUUGUCUAUGUAUCUGCUAUCCUUCCGCAGUUGUUGGCCAUUAUAGUAACUGGUGACACCAGUAUUGCUUUCCUACGUUGUAUCUUCCAAAUGUUUUUAUUUGUAUCUUGCGUCAUAACAGAAUUUCUGUUGCUAACAUCUAUGGCUUAUGACCGCUAUGUUGCCAUUUGUAACCCUCUACACUAUGCUAUCAUAAUGAAUAAGAAAACCUGCACACUUCUGGCAGCGGCAUCUUGGCUUAUUGGGAUCUUCAGUUCAUUGAAGUACUCUCUAUUAGUGUCUAAUAUGUCCUUCUGCAGUUCCCAGGAAAUUAAUCAUUUCUUCUGCGAUAUGAAAGCCAUGUUAAAACUUUCUUGCAGCAACACCACAGAUGUCCACCUAUCAAUUUUGGUUGAGGGAGUCCUCUUCGGAAUAAUACCAUUUAUACUCAUUAUAACUUCAUAUGCCUAUAUCAUAUCUGCCAUCCAAAAGAUCUGUAGCUCAGCUGGACGAUACAAGGCCUUUUCCAGCUGUUCCUCCCACAUCAUCAUUGUUGUUAUGUUUUGUGGGACAUCACUUACUUUAAAUCUGAAACAAGACUCACAAGAAUUCCAAGAACAAGACAAACUGCUUUCUAUGUUAUAUAUUUUAUUGGUUCCAGUGUUGAACCCUUUAGUGUACAGCAUCAGAAACAACGAUAUUUUGAAAGCUAUUAAAACAGCUUGUUGGAAAGUAAAAUGA